CAAAGUGAAAAGGUUACUGGUCCUGACUGGUCAAGCCUCACGUCCUCUGUGGCUCUGGAGUAUGAUGUCAUCACGCCCUCAAAUUGAAACCUGCUGGUAGUUUUUGUCUCUUUGGGUUUUGGGCUGCUGGUUGAAUAAAACAUUUUUUGCAUGAACAAACAAACACUGAAAUUGGCUCAAAAAUAAAGCUUGAAGGAGAAAACUGAGGCCACAGGGUGGAGCCCUGAUCCUGCUGGAGACCCCAGAGCAUGAUGGGAGUGAGCCCGCUCCUCCCUCCCUGCUCCACCUGUGUCAGGUGUAUAAAGGAGUCUUUCUCCAAGUGGAAACGGACUCCAGCAGCCGCUCACACUAACAUCUUUGUCACAAGCUGUUCAAUUUCCUGCAGAAAGAUGGAGACGCUGCUCGCUCUCUGGAUCGCACUCACCCUCUCAGUCUCAGCCUCUUCUACCACCAGCCAGGUUGUCAUGACAACCAUCUCACCAUCAGCUACCAGGAGAGAAACCAGCGCCACCAACGUUCACACGACAGCAAGCGGAUCCGCCGCCAGUCUGCCCGGCGCCACCAACGAUCACACGACAGCAAGCGGAUCCGCCGCCAGUCUGCCCGGCGCCACCAACGAUCACACGACAGCAAGCGGAUCCGCCGCCAGUCUGCCCGGCGCCACCAACGUUCACACGACAGCAAGCGGAUCCGCCGCCAGUCUGCCCGGCGCCACCAACGUUCACACGACAGCAAGCGGAUCCGCCGCCAGUCUGCCCGGCGCCACCAACGAUCACACGACAGCAAGCGGAUCCGCCGCCAGUCUGCCCGGCGCCACCAACGUUCACACGACAGCAAGCGGAUCCGCCGCCAGUCUGCCCGGCGCCACCAACGAUCACACGACAGCAAGCGGAUCCGCCGCCAGUCUGCCCGGCGCCACCAACGAUCACACGACAGCAAGCGGAUCCGCCGCCAGUCUGCCCGGCGCCACCAACGAUCACACGACAGCAAGCGGAUCCGCCGCCAGUCUGCCCGGCGCCACCAACGAUCACACGACAGCAAGCGGAUCCGCCGCCAGUCUGCCCAGCGCCCCCAGCAACCGCCUGACAACCCCAGGCUCCGGAACACCCACUAAAACCAGUCACACCAUUGGCUCCACCAGUAGAGAGACCAACUCUGCCUCUGACCACAUGUCGGCAUCACCUGGACAUCCCAGUCCCACCAGCAACACCAUACAUGGAUCCCAAAACCCAGGCAGCACUGGCAGCAGCUCAAUUGUUUCCAUUUCCUCCCAUCAACCAAUCACAGCCAAGAGUCCGCCCCCAAGUGGCGGUGUUCCUGGAUGGGGCAUCGCCCUGCUGGUGCUGGCAGCUCUGGUCCUGCUGCUGCUCAUCCUGCUACUGGUUGGACUGCUGGUGUGGUGCUGUUGCUACAGGGGACACUACAGAGGCUUCAGCCCCUAUGACCAUCUGUCCAACAGAGAUGACAUCCCUCUGUACACCACACACAGUCGCUUCGGAGGGCCCAAUGGGAAACCACACGACCCGGAGAAGCCAAUGAAGAACCGGACGGGGACGUACACGGUCAACCAAUGAAGACGUUCCCUGCCUCACCUGCUGACCGACAGACGACCAACCGACCGUUGUAGGAACGACACACUUUGUUUGAUUCUGUCUUUAUGUUGUAAACUCGUCUUGAUUUGUUUUCUGUUUGUUUGCUUUUAUUAGUGUCUGUGAAGCACUUUAAAAACUUUCUUUUAAAAAUGCUGCAAACCACGUAACUCUUACAAUAAAAGAUAUUAUUUAAAAUCAGCUUGAUUUGC